AUGCGCUCGCUCGUUAUUCUCCCGCUUGCUGGACUUCUUUCCACCGCUGCGGCAGCAGGUACAUUGGGAUUUGCUCUUGGUACUAAGAAGCCAGAUGGUACAUGCAAAUUUACGGCUGAUUAUGAAGCGGAUUUUGAUACCAUUUCUAAGGGAAGCACUGCAAAACUUGUGAGGGGAUAUGCGGCGAGUGAUUGUGAUACCGCAAAGCAGAUAUUACCAGCUGCUAAGGCAAAGGGAUUCAAGGUUGUUUUGGGUAUUUGGCCAGACACCGAUGAAUCCUUCGCUGCAGAUAAAGCAGCAGUAGUCAAGUAUGCGCCUCAAUAUAGCGAUCAGGUUUAUGCCAUUACGGUCGGUUCGGAAUCACUCUACCGAGGAAACUUUACUGGUGAACAACUCUUGGAGAAGAUUCAGGAUGUCAAGAAUGCAUUGAACGGAGACUUUAAGGUUGGAACAGCAGACAGUUGGAACAAAUACAUGGAUGGUACCGCUGAUGCUGUUAUCAAAGGUGGUGCUGAUAUUCUGUUGUGCAAUGCUUUCAGUUAUUGGCAGGGACAAGAAUUGAAGAAUGCAACACAUAGUUUCUUUGAUGAUAUUAUGCAGGCUUUCGGACAUAUUCAAGAUGUUGCUGGAUCUGCUACUGAUGGACCUGAGUUAUGGGUCGGAGAGACUGGCUGGCCAACUGCAGGCUCAACUUAUCAAUCUGCCGUCCCAGGGACAUCAUCUGCACAAACGUUUUGGCAAGAAGCAAUCUGUGGUAUAAUGGACUGGGGUGUGAAUGUUUUCUCCUUCGAGGCAUUUGAUGAGCCAUGGAAGCCAGUAUCCACCGGUGCAGAUGGCUCAGUUGCAGAUGAGACUCACUGGGGAGUCUGGAACAGCGAUCGAAGCAGCAAGUACUCGUUGAAUUGUUAA